AGCUGCUCCCACCUCGUGCACUGGACGUACAAAGAAGGAGAGCUGGAUGAAGAGCACUGGGGAAAGGACUUCCCAGACUGUGCUGGCAAGCACCAGUCUCCGAUCGACAUCCAGAGGAAAAAAGUGAGGUACAACCCCCAGUUACUGCAGCUGGAGCUGACUGGGUAUGAUGGGCCUCUGCAGGGGGAUUUCAUCAUGACCAACAAUGGUCAUUCUGUCCAGAUUGAUUUGCCCCCCACCAUGAACAUCUCCAGGGGGCUCCCAGGCCUCUACACAGCUGUACAGAUGCAUCUGCACUGGGGUGGGCUGGACCUGGAGACCAGCGGCUCUGAACACACUGUAGACGGGAUGAGAUACUUCGCAGAGCUGCACAUCGUCCAUUACAAUUCUGCUGACUACUCGAGCUUUGAAGAAGCCAAAGACAAACCAAACGGAUUGGCUGUGCUCGCCUUCCUGUAUGUGGAUGGGCACUUUGAGAAUACCUACUACAGUGAAUUCAUUUCCAAACUGGCAAAAAUCAGGUUUGCAGGUCAAUCAACAAAGCUCAUUUCUCUGGAUAUCCAAGCCAUGCUGCCAGAAAACCUCUCGCACUUCUACAGGUACCAGGGCUCACUGACAACCCCGCCUUGCUCCGAGAGUGUGAUCUGGACCAUCUUUCAUUCUCCGAUCGUCCUGUCACACACACAGAUCAGACUCCUGGAGAACACCUUGCUGGACUGGCACAACAGGACACUGCGCAACGACUACCGGCACGCUCAGCCCCUCAACGGGCGUGUGGUGGAGUCCUCCUUCAGAGCCCAGCUCACCCAAGAACAAUGCCACCCAGAAGAAGUCAGCCUCAGGCUGGAACAAAUCCAGAUGCAGCUCCAAGACGUGAAGAGAGAGUUAAAUGUAACAGCUGGCUUUUCGGUUAUUUCAGGUAUUAAAUCCAGCACUUUUCCAGCUUUCUACUUCCCGGUGGAAAACAUUGAGAGUUUAGUGAGCGUUCAUCCCCUCCAUGAAAUGUCUCUCCAAGCCUUCACCUUAUGUUUCUGGACCAAAGCCCAGCACGCUGGCACUCAGACUGUGCUCUCCUACUCCACACAGGAGAGGGAUAAGGAGCUGGUGAUGACAGUGGGCACAGAUGUGGGGUUGUGGAUCGGAGGCCAUUUCAUCAGCCUCCCCCUGUACCGUGAGGCAGAAGAUUGGCUGCAUUACUGCGUGGCAUGGGCCUCCCAGUCUGGAAUGGCCAAUUUAUGGCUCAAUGGGGCAGCUGGGAAAGCAAAGAGUAUCCAGAAGGGGUAUGUGAGCCAGGCUGGAGGGACGCUUGUCCUCGGGAAAGACAGAGACACUCUUCUUGGGACAUUCUCCAAUGGUUUUGCAGGGUGGAUGACUCAGGUGAACCUGUGGAGCCAAGUUCUCAGUCCUGCAGAUAUCCGGGCACUUGCACUGUGCAAACCAGGGCAGCUGAAGGGAGAUAUCAUAGCCUGGGGAGAAACCUCCAUGACCCUCUUGGGGGGGGUGGUUCUGGAGUCCGACACUAGCUGCCAGUGA